AUGGCGGGAGCGGCCGGGAGGGAGAGGGACCCGCUCCUCCGCUCCGAGAUCCACGGCUUCAUCACCUACGCAGACUUGAAUUUCGAGAAGCUGAAAGCAGAGGCCGCGUCGCGCUGGUUCCGGCCGAAUGAGAUCUACGCGGUCCUGGCCAACCACGAGAGGUUCAAGGUCCAUGCACAGCCCAUCGACAAGCCCGUGAGUGGUACUAUUGUUCUAUAUGAUCGCAAAGUUGUCCGGAACUUCCGGAAGGAUGGCCAUAAUUGGAAGAAAAAGAAGGAUGGCAAAACUGUCCAAGAAGCCCAUGAAAAAUUAAAGAUUGGUAAUGAAGAGAGGGUUCAUGUCUAUUAUGCUCGAGGUGAGGAUAAUCCAAAUUUCUUUAGAAGGUGCUACUGGCUGCUUGACAAAGAGGCUGAACGGAUUGUUCUUGUGCAUUAUCGUCAAACAUCUGAGGAAAAUGCCAUAGCACAUCCGAGCACAGAAGCCGAAGCCGAAGCGCCUACAAUGAAUGUGAUUCAAUAUUAUACUUCUCCGAUUUCAGCAAAUUCAGCCUCAGUUCAUACCGAGAUAUCGUUCUCCCCUCCGGCACCAGAGGAAAUUAACUCACAUGGUGGCAGUGCAAUUUCUAGUGAUACUGGUGGCUCUAGUCUGGAAGAGUUCUGGGUUCAUCUAUUGGAGUCAUCUAUGACAAAGGAUACUGCUUGUGGCGCAUCCGUGGCAUUUAGUCAGCAGAUUAAAUGCGGAACAAAGGAUUCUGGAAAUGACACGGACUCUACAAAUAAUGUACAUGUGAACCACGCCGGAGCUCUGGAACAUCAAGUAGACCAAUCUCAAUACCCUUUAACAUCAGAUCUCGAUUCUCAGUCACAUCAAUUUGCAACUUCUUUGCGGAAAACUCCAGUGGAUGGUGACAUUCCUAAUGAUGUGCCUGCUAGAGAGAACAGUCUUGGACUGUGGAAGUACUUGGAUGAUGACAGUCCUUGUCUAGGGGAUAAUAUAGUGAGCAAUGGAAAAAUCUUCAACAUCACUGAUUUCUCCCCAGAAUGGGCUUGUUCCACAGAGCAUACCAAGAUCUUGGUGAUCGGGGAUUACUAUGAGCAAUACAAGCAUCUGGCUGGUUCCAAUAUUUACGGUAUCUUUGGUGAUAACUGUGUUGCCGCAAACAUGGUCCAAACUGGUGUUUACCGUUUCAUGGUUGGACCACAUACAGCUGGACGAGUGGAUUUUUAUUUGACUUUGGAUGGGAAAACACCAAUCUCUGAGGUUUUGAAUUUUGAGUAUCGUAGUGUGCCUGGAAGUUCAUUGCAUAGUGAGUUAAAGCCGCUGGAAGAUGAGUACACAAAGUCAAAGCUUCAAAUGCAGAUGAGACUAGCUCGUUUGCUGUUUGUGACAAACAAGAAAAAGAUAGCACCAAAGCUUCUUGUGGAAGGCAGCAAAGUUUCUAAUCUCAUAUUGGCAUCACCAGAGAAGGAAUGGAUGGAUCUAUGGAAAAUUGCUGGCGAUUCUGAAGGCACAUCUGUUCAUGCUACUGAAGACUUGCUUGAAUUAGUUUUACGGAAUAGAUUGCAAGAAUGGCUUCUCGAAAGAGUAAUUGGAGGCCAUAAAUCAACCGGCCGUGAUGAUCUAGGACAAGGACCUAUCCAUCUGUGUUCUUUCCUAGGCUAUACUUGGGCUAUCCGCUUGUUUUCUGUGUCCGGAUUCUCCUUGGAUUUCCGUGAUUCUUCUGGUUGGACUGCUUUACACUGGGCUGCAUACCACGGAAGGGAAAAAAUGGUUGCUGCUCUGUUAUCUGCUGGAGCAAAUCCAAGCUUGGUUACGGAUCCUACUGCAGUGUCCCCUGGUGGAUGCACUCCUGCUGAUCUGGCAGCAAGACAAGGUUAUGUGGGCUUAGCUGCAUAUCUUGCUGAGAAAGGAUUGACUGCACAUUUUGAAUCAAUGUCACUGUCCAAGGGUACUAAGCAAUCACCAUCAAGGACGAAACUAACAAAAGUACACAGCGAGAAGUUUGAGAACCUUACUGAACAAGAACUUUGCUUAAAAGAAUCCUUAGCGGCCUAUCGAAAUGCUGCUGACGCUGCCAGUAAUAUCCAAGCUGCACUUCGCGAUAGAACUCUUAAACUCCAAACAAAAGCAAUUCUUUUGGCCAAUCCUGAGAUGCAAGCAACUGCGAUAGUUGCUGCUAUGAGGAUUCAGCAUGCAUUCCGGAACUACAACAGAAAAAAAGAGAUGAGAGCUGCUGCACGAAUACAAAAUCAUUUCCGCACGUGGAAGGUCAGAAGGAACUUUAAGAACAUGCGAAGACAAGCUAUCAGAAUACAAGCUGCAUACCGAGGCCAUCAAGUGAGACGUCAGUACCGCAAGGUAAUAUGGUCUGUUGGAGUCGUGGAGAAAGCUAUUUUGCGAUGGAGAAAGAAGAGAAAAGGCUUGCGCGGCAUUGCAAAUGGAAUGCCAGCAGAAAUGACAGUGGAUGUAGAAGCUGCAAGCACUGCAGAAGAAGGUUUCUUCCAGGCCAGCCGGCAACAAGCGGAGGACAGGUUUAAUAGAUCAGUGGUACGUGUUCAGGCUCUGUUUCGUUGUCAUCGGGCACAGCAUGAGUACCGGAGGAUGAGGAUUGCUCAUGAGGAGGCCAAGCUGGAGUUCAGUAAAGGGCAGCAGCAGGCGCCGGCAUGCAGGAGGACCAUCUUAUUGAUCCUUUUGGCCGAAUCUGGUGUAUGUAUUUGCUGCUAG